UUUUGCAAAAUUCUGUCCCUGCAAAUUCUACCUUAAGGCCAAAAUUCUGCCUUGCAAAUUCAAACUCUACCUUGCGAAUUUUUUAAAAUUUUUAAUUGAGCGGGGGUUCGAACCCAAAAUCAAGAGAUUUUUAGCGAAGGACAAAAGUUAAAGACCCCCAAUUUGAGGGGCAAAAAUUAAAUACCACCCCCAGCGAAGGCCAAUCCUGCAAAUUGCCCCCUAAAAUUCGUCCCUUAUCAUCACAGUGUGAAUAUUCUCGAUCUCUUCCGCUUUUGUCAUCCCUCAUAUAGUAUUCUCUCUGUCUCAAAUUAUUUGUCGUGGUUACUAUAAAUAGUUGUCUCAAAUUAUUUGUCGUUUUAGAGAUUCAAGGCACAAUUAAUUAACCUUUUCUCAUUUUAUCCUCUCAUUUUACCAUUAAUAGAAUUUUAUCAUUUAAUGAAUAUGACACAUAAUAAAGUAAAAAUUUAAUGGAGAGAGAUUAUAACUUAAACAUAAAUAAGGAUAAAGUUAAUAAAAUACCCCUCCUAAUUAAUACUACCUCCGGAUCAAAAAGAGUAUCCACUUAGCCUUUUUUUCUUUGGUUAAAAAGAGUGUUCACUUAACAAAUCAAGAAAGAAUUAACUUUAUUUUUUCAGAGAGAAUAUUUCUUAAGGGCAUAUAAACCAAAAUAACGACAAAUAAUUUGAGACAAAGGGAGUAUAAAAUAUAACCAGCCGCUUUACACUUGAUAUACUAUGCUAAGCCACUGCCUAUUUCUUCCAAGAGAGAGCAUAUAUAUGCCCUAAUGUCUUGUACGGAGAGUCUAGGAUUAGAGAACUUUGAUGUAGAUGAUGAUCAGAAUAUUGAAAAUCUAAAUGAUGGUAUAGGUGUUGAAUCAUCUACCUCCAUCACUAGUUGUAAAAGAACAAGUGUCGAGCAAAAAGAGAAGAUAUUUCCACCACCAUUAUCGUCGUUACUUAAAGAUGGAAAACCGAGUUUCUUCCUAGAGCCUAUUAGAAAAGAUGGAAGGUUAGAGCUUAAUGAGGUGAACAUUGAUCCAUCACAGACCCUCCUUACUUCCCGUAAAGGAGGACGGUUGAGAUUAAGUCUCAUUCCUGACCAAGAAGAAGAAGAGGAGAGGAUGAUGAUGAUACUGAUGAAGAUGAGGGAGAAGUCAUCAUGGAGGCAAUCGAAGUAAAUGACAAAGAAACAGUAAAUGAACAUGAUACAUCAAGAUAAAGAGCAGAAGCUCCCAGCAAAGAGUCCUGCCAUGAAGUGUUUCUUCUAUGUAAUAAAAAAAAAUAUCUAUGUAUCCUGUAAGUUUUCGUAUCAAUGAAAAGCCUGUUCUGGUAACAAAACAAAAAUAAAAAAUAAAAAAAAGUCCGGGCGCGGGGGAGGCAUGUGUAUCCAAGCACCGCUUGGUAGGGAAUUACUCCAUCCCUUUCAAUUUGUUUGUCUAAUUUUAACUUGACACGGUAUUUAAG